AACGGUGACAACCAAUUUGUUUGCGGUUUGCACAAUCUAUCGCCUUUCCCUUUCGCCUGCGGCUGCCGUGAUUUUGGUGAUUUUACACUUUUUGUAGUUUGUUUCUUUAUCUAGGAAAUUGCUAAGAUUAGCACGAAGGUAUAAGGUAAUUCUUAGCUAUUCCUUAUAUUGCAUAAUACCGAAUUGCAUUUAGUUUGAAGUGUGUCAAUAAACAACUUAGCCGAAAUGCUGAAGAACAUUUUCCUUCCAAGAUGUAGCUCAUUGCGUUUGGGCACCUUGGCACAAAUGCGAAACUUCAGUGUACAAUCGGUGCAAUAUUCCAAGCCGCGUACAGCCAUCGUGAUGCUCAAUAUGGGAGGGCCACAAACGACGGAUCAGGUGCACGACUACUUGCUCCGGAUUAUGACCGAUCGCGAUAUGAUUCAGCUGCCCGUUCAGAGCAAACUCGGACCUUGGAUCGCAAAGCGUCGCACACCGGAAGUCCAGAAAAAGUACGCCGAAAUCGGCGGAGGCUCACCGAUUUUUAAAUGGACCAACAUUCAGGGUGAGCUUCUCUGCAAGCAGCUGGAUAAAGUUUCGCCGGAAACGGCGCCCCACAAACACUAUGUCGCCUUCCGCUACGUAACGCCCCUUACGGAAGACACCCUCAAACAGGUGGAGCAGGAUAAACCGGAACGAGUUGUCCUGUUUUCGCAGUAUCCUCAGUACAGCUGCGCCACUUCGGGUUCCAGUUUCAAUGCCAUCUUCACACAUUACAAAUCCAACAAGAACGGACUGGCUAACGCCAAGUGGAGCGUGAUCGAUCGUUGGGGAACGCACCCCCUGCUGGCCAAGACCUUUGCCGACAACAUCCGGAAGGAACUGGAUAAAUUCCCGGUCGAAAAGCGUAAAGAUGUGAUCGUUCUAUUCUCUGCCCAUUCCCUGCCGCUGAAAGCGGUCAACCGAGGCGAUGCGUAUCCCUCCGAAGUAGGCGCCACCGUUCAGAACGUUAUGGAACAUCUUAACUACUGUAAUCCGUACUGCCUGGUGUGGCAAUCGAAGGUUGGCCCGCUGCCAUGGUUAGAACCGUUCACCGAGAAUGCCAUCAAAGGCUACAUCAAGCAGGGUAAGAAGAACUUCAUAUUGGUGCCGAUUGCCUUCGUGAACGAGCAUAUCGAAACGCUGCACGAGCUGGACAUUGAGUACUGCCAGGAGUUGGCCCACGAGGUGGGAGCGGAACGGAUCGGACGGGCAGCGGCCCCCAACGAUCAUCCGCUGUUCAUCGAUGCCAUGACGGAUGUGGUCCACAGUCACCUGAAGAAUGGGAAUGCGGUGAAUCCGAAGUUUUUGCUACGGUGUCCAUCGUGCGUGAAUUCUAAGUGCCAUUCGAGCAAACAGUGGUACCGAGAGAUGUGCAAUUAGUUCCUAUUGGAGAGGGAAUGUUCGAGUUGGUGGAGGUAAAUGGUGAGUAAAUAAGCUAUUUGUGCAUUUCGGUUUAGUUGUUAAAUUAUUGUAAGUUCUUUGAAAGGCAUGUA